CGUAGUUGUUGUUGUCAAUCCAAGUUCAGCCCAUGUUACUGGUGGUCAAGUUUCUGCAGGUGGUAUAUGCGUCUAUUGGAAAGAUUUUUUGGUUGGUUCGGCGAAGGAAUCGCUAAACAUCCGCUAAUUACCAUCUCAAUAUGUCUCGUGUUCGUCAGUAUAUGUUCCGUGGGUUUUGUCUGGUUCAAGGCAGAAAACAGAACAGUAAAGCUAUUUGUUCCUCAAAGCAGCCGUUCUAUUAAUGAUUUAGACAAAGCCGAGAAAUACUUUCGAGUUAAAAUUCGCGAAGAAAUCGUCCUUUUAACAGCAUCUUCUGAUGAUCGCAAUGUUCUCGUUCCUGACUGUCUGCGGCAGGCCUUCAAGGCACAUCAUGCUGUUAUGGAGUUACAAUCAUACUCUGAAUUCUGUGUCACACUAUCAGGGGACAAGGCGAAGACGCAGGACGACUGCAUGAUAAUUAGCCCGCUGGAAUUUUUGCAGUUUAAUGAGAGCAAAAUCGAUAGUAAAAUGACCCUGGAACAAGUUCAAGGGGAAAUAUCGAGAGCAUACAACAGCUCACGCCCUUUGGCGCGGAAUGGCCGGACUUUCUCCUACAAUUUUAAUCGUACUUUUGGUGGCGCAACUAAAAAGAAAGAUGGAACUUUCUUAAAAGCCACAGCGCUGCAAAUGGUGUAUCUAAUGAGUGACUUAGGCGAUGAAAAAGAAAACGACAAGGUUCUGGAGUGGGAAAAAACGUUUAUUGACAAACUGGAGUCGUUAGACGGUACCCUCUCAUGUUUUAAAGUUCAUUACUCAAGCGGGAGAAGUUUAGACGACGCUAUCGCCGAAAGCAGUGGCUCUGACGUCACUCUGGUGUCAAUCACUUUCACUCUCAUGAUCACAUUUGCCUGCGUCAUGCUGGGCAAAUUUCUGAAUCCGCUGACCGGUCACUCCUUGCUCGCUAAUGCAGGGGUGUUCGCAGUGGCCCUUGGGAUACUCUCUGGGUUCGGCCUUGCCAUGUGGUGUCGGGUUCCUUUCAUCAGUAUCGUGGGC